AUGUGUGGUGUUGGAAGUUUGCGUCCAAGGGUCACUAUUUUGUCAAGAGUGCUAACAGAUUUCUGGUUGUUGGAUUUCGACAUAGGGAAGUCCAGGAGAGUUCCGGUUGAUUCGAUGUGUCCGUUAUGUCAUGAGGCUCCUGAGACUAUCUUGCAUAUUCUUGUUCAAUGUCCUUUAGCCCGCAGUUGCUGGUUGAGUUCGCCUUUGGGUUGGCCUGCAUUCUCCGCUGCCUCUCUUAGGGAGUGGUUUUCUUUAGCCUUCCUUACUGCUUUUGCGGAGAAUGCUUCCCUUAUUCUAAUGAUAUGUUGGGCUUUGUGGCAUAACAGAAAUAAUGUUGUUUGGAAAGCUCAGGGUCAAACUGCGAGUGGUGUGUUCUUCAUAGCUUUGACUGUCUGGUCUCCUCCACCGCAGGGUUGGAUUAAGGUUAAUAUUGACGCCUCUUUAACUCACAACGAAGUUCUUAUUGUAUCCAUUAAUAAUGCUUCGUUAGAUGAUUUAUCACCUUUUGGUCUUUUGGUUCAAGAUUGUAAAUUGCUUCUAUCCAGUUAUGAAGAAGCAAUAUGUGGUUUUAUUCACAGGUCUGCAAAUGAUGUCGCUCAUAUUCUAGCAACAUCGGCUCAUUCUGAGUCAGGUCAAGGAGUUUGGCUGAACAAUGUUGUAGUAAAUGGGACUGGUGUGAUACCACAAUUGAUUAUUGUUGUCAAAGCCAAUGUAAUUCUGCAGUAUGUCUUGGUGGACGCAUUCUCUGAGGAGGUAGUGGUAGAGAUCUGA